CUCUCGAAAGAUCUCUAAACAAAAUAGAAGCAUCAGAGGAAGAGCAAGUACUGGUAAUUACUCAAACCAAUUUAACCAAAUAGUACUAAGAAUCAGAAAAAUACCAGAAGCUGAUUUUGCUUGGAAUUUUUUUAUCUCAAUGGCUUCUCUUACUUCACUCACCUCUUAUCCAUCUUCAUCAUCUUUACAAUCAAAUUUCCAACACUCACCUCUGAUGUUGGCUUCUAAACAUUCUCAGAAUAAUCAUAACUCCUCCCGGUUGAUGCUUGGAGUGUUGAGAUCUACAAAUAAUGGAUUGUCACCACAGACAUCUCCACAGCGCCUGAAAAUCCAGAGUGCAGCAACCAAGCCAGCAAAAAGACCAGCUGAAGAAGACUGGAAGAUCAAAAGAGAAAAAUUGCUAGAGAAAAGGGUACGGAGUGUGGAUGCUAAAGAGGCUUUUCGACUCCAGAAAGAAAACAACUUCGUUAUUCUUGAUGUACGGCCUGAAGCAGAUUUUAAAGAGGCUCAUCCACCAGGUGCCAUCAAUGUACAAAUAUAUAGGCUCAUAAAAGAGUGGACAGCAUGGGACAUAGCUCGCCGAGCUGCAUUUGCAUUUUUUGGCAUCUUUGCUGGUACAGAGGAGAACCCUGAGUUCAUACCAAUUGUGGAGUCAAACAUAAAAAAGGAUGCAAAGAUAAUAGUGGCUUGCUCAACCGGGGGUACAAUGAAACCAACCCAAAAUCUCCCAGAAGGUCAACAAUCAAGAUCACUGAUAGCGGCCUACUUGCUUGUUCUGAAUGGGUAUGCCAAUGUUUACCACUUGGAAGGAGGCCUUUAUGCAUGGUCCAAAGAAGAUUUACCAAUCACAAGUGAAGAGGAAGAGUAGAGUGUUAAGAUGAUUACAUUUCAUGACAUUCAAAUUUUUUGUCCCUAACAGAAUCAGUUUAAAAUAGAAGCUAAAGUAUUUCCUGGCUAACAGGAAUUGUGAA